AUGGCGUCCACUACAACAUCGAGCAGUUCUCAACCUUCGACUUCCGAUCCUCAGUUGAAUGUGCAAUACUGUGCCCCUGGGUUUUGCUUGCCGCAUCCUGAUACUGUCAACCAAUUUUGUCGGGACCAAAGCAACCUUAUCUUCUGCCAAGGUGUCAUUAUCGUGAAGAUAUCACCUGAAGUCGUCGUCAAAUUUGGUGCUCAUGUCGACAUUACCGAGGCCAAAACCAUGAUCCAUGUUGCGCAGAAUACAGGGGUUCCUGUACCGAAAGUUUUCGCAUAUUAUACUUACGGUCCAAUUGAUCGUGAUGCUAGCGAUUACGGAGGCCUUUACGAUACCUACAUCUUUAUGAGUUUCGUUGCCGGUGAAACGCUCCACACAGCUUGGGACACUUUCGGCGUCUCCACCAAAUCCCAUAUUUCAAGACAACUUGCGAGCUAUAUCCAAGAGAUCCGUGGUAUAAGGAAUGUUGGUUAUAUUGGCUCCGUAGAUAAUGGUCCUGUUACCGACCACAGUUUAUCGGCCUCUAUUGACAAAGGCCCAUUUGAUUCGGAGCAAGACUUUAACACGGCUCUUAUCAACGCCUAUCAAAAGAAUGCGCCAAAACGUCACAUCAGAAGUUUUCUCAGUGAAAUGCUUCCUCAAUCUCACCGCAUCUUGUUCACACAUGGUGAUAUCCGGCCUCAGAAUGUUAUGGUGAAAGAUGGCAAUGUGGUCGCCAUUAUAGACUGGGAGCUAAGUGGUUGGUAUCCAGAAUACUGGGAAUUCGCAAAGGCUCUACUUACCUGGGGCUGGCAAAGUGAUUGGACGGAUUACCUCAUGCGAAUUCUUCAACCGUAUCACGCUGAAUUUUUCAUGCACUCUUUCCUGAUGGAAAAGCUAUUGAUUUAG